GGGGCCCCGCGGUGUUGGAGGGGGGGAUCGGGCCCAGCUGUGGAGAGGGAGCGAUCGGGGCCAGCUGUGGCCGUGGGAGGGCAGGGGGAUCGUGCCCAGCUGUGGGGCGGCACACGCAGCCCCAUUUAAGCCCGCCCGCAGCCCCUCACAUGAUGGUAGUGUGACGGGUCCGGGCACGAGGGAACGGCGAUGGCGCUGAGCAGAGUCCGCCUGUUCCAGCCCCACGGGGAGGGCACCCGGCUGCUGCCCCAGGCAACCAGGCUGGUGGAGCUGCCCUACUCCUCCUUUGAUGAUGAUGAUGAUGAUGACAUGGCUGAGCAGGAUGCUGGGGUGUGGUACCCCGACCCCCCCAAACUGAGCCCCUUCAGCCGCUGCGUGCGCUACCUGGCCGUCCUCUGGAACCUCCUCUUCCUCCUGCUGGGGCUGCUGACCCUUGCUGUGGGGGUCUGGGGGCUGCUGGCCAAGAUCCCCCUUGCUGGGGGGGAGCGCGGGGCACCCCUGGGCUCGGACCCCAUGCUGCUCUUUGUGCUGGCGGGGCUGGGGGCCAGCAGCGUGUCCCUGGCUGGCUGCCUGGGCGCCCUGCGAGCCAGCCCCUGCCUGCUGCGCUUCUUCCUGGGCGCUGUGCUGGCUUUGGGGGGGCUGGAGCUGCUGGGGGGGCUCCUGCUGCUGCUGCUGCGGCGGCGGCUGCGGGACGCGCUGCGGAACCUGCUGCUGCUCUGCCUCCUGCGCUACCAGGAGGACCCCGACCUGCAGUUCCUGCUGGAUGAGGUGCAGAGGAACCUCCAGUGCUGCGGCCUCGAGUCCUACCGCGACUGGGAGAGCAACCCGUACUUCAACUGCAGCGCCCCGGGCGCGCGGGCGUGCGGCGUGCCGGCCUCCUGCUGCCGGGAGCCGCCGCGGCAGGGCUGGGUGCCCAACGCGCAGUGCGGGUUCGGGGCGCUGGCGCUGGGCCCGGCGGCGGCCGGCGCCGUGCUGCACACGGGGGGCUGCGGGCCCGCGCUGGCCGCGGGGCUGCGGGGCCAGGCCGGGGCCAUCGCCGCCGGGGCCGGCGCCCUGCUGCUGCUGGAGGCCCUGGCAGCGCUCCUGGCCCUGAGGGUGCUCAGGGAUAUCACGGCUGUGAGGGGGUGGCGGUGAGGGCAGCGUGGGGAUUGGGGUAUGCAGGGCUUUGGUGCUAAAUAAACCUUGUCAAAAGUCUUGAACAUGUCUGUGGGUCUGGUCUGUGCUGGCAUCAGCACUGCUGCUGAGGGUGUGCAGGGACUUUGGGGAUGUCUAGGGUGCUGGUCCAGCCCCAAAUAAACCUUGUCAGAAUUCUGAACCCAUCUGUGUCCUGCUUGUCCCAGCCCAGGCCCUGGGAACUGGGCCCAGCACCCUGCUGCUGCUGGAGGCCCUGGCAGCGCUCCUGGCCCUGAGGGUGCUCCGGGAUAUCAUGGCUGUGAGGGGGUGGCGGUGAGGGCAGCGUGGGGAUUGCCUGGUUUGGUGCUAAAUAAACCUUUUCAAA